CAUUACCUGCCGAGAGCUUUCUUGGUAUUUCAAAUUCGAGACAUACUGCAUCAUCCCGUUCGCUUUCUCCGCUGGAUCGGACCAAAAGGCGAUUCAGCACAAUGGUAUCCAGUGCUGCAGCAGCUGUUGUCUCCCGGCGGCUAUCUGCCACUAUAGGAUGGUGCCUUGCUACUCCCACACAAGUUAAACCGCAAAUCGUCAGACAAGGGCGUGCUUUAUGCAUGCAGUACAUCAAGACUCAAAUACGCCGAUCAUCUAUUUGUACGCAAAAGAUAAUUGUCAUGAAACGACUGCAGCAAAUGCUAGAGACUGAAUGCGGAGAAGAGGCCACCAUCAACAUGGAAACUGGAGUGCUGGCGGCAUUACGCGCUCUUUGUGCAGCACUCGAGAGGAAACGACCCGAAGCCUUCCGCCAUGUUGCGCGCCAAGCGACACGAGCGCCAUCUGCUAUGUUGCGUUCGGAAACAGCCUUAUCGGAACUUGCACUAGCUCUAGCUCGACGAAUAACUAGAGAAAAUAUCACUUGGUCUAAGAUAGCAGCUGUUUUUUGUAUAUGCGGUGCCCUUGCCAAAGAAGCGGCAGAGGCAGCUGAAGGUGAACCAGCCCUCGAGUUAGUGACAGCUCCAGCAGCCGCCAUAGCUGAUCUCUUGCAUGAAGAACCUGGCUCCUGGAUCGCUUCCCAUGGUGGCUGGAACGGUCUCAUCGAACGGCUUCGUGCUAGCGAGAGGGAUCAGAAUUCCGAAAAAACCCUUCGAGUGUUAGUUUCCUUCUUCGUAGUGGUUUUUUUCACCCUACUGUUCUUACGCUGGAUGAUACACGGACAUCCUGCGUAUUAUAAUAAUAAAUGAUGUUACGUGCUAUCUUUAAUGUAUCAUUGAGAGGCUCGUGAGCAAUCUCGCGAUGUGGAUACACGCCUUUAAGUAUAAUGCCUAUCAAUAAAAGUUAAGAAGUAUAUUUGCUCCCUUUGAACAGACGAAUAAAUAUAAUUAAUCGUUUUUAAGGUGAUCAUGACAUUAGAUUUUUUACAUUACUUACUAUACAGUCAAACUACACAAAAUUGUUAAUGUUCCCCAUUCGAUUUUAAACCUUAAUGCAUUGAAGGUAGAUAUCAAAAUAGCUAAUAUCAUUAAAUUAUAAUGAGUAACGUUCAAUAAUAUCGAGGUGCUGAACAUAUUAAAUAUUAAAAAACAUUAACUUGAUUUCAGUGCCAAUUCUGUUUCGCAAUUUUGCAAUUUCUGUUUUUAAUAAAUUCAUAAUGAAGUACCUCCCCAUAACUUGUGCCUAUAUGUAACCAAAACAUAUGCUUAUUAUACCUAUAUAUCUUCAACUUUAAACCCAGUUCACAGAAAUAAUUAAAAAAUCAAACAUAGAACAGAGAUCGUGACAAAAAUGUCCAAGAGCUUUAUAGGUGGCGGUGAGGGCGACAUGAAACAAACUUCUAGCGAUUGCUGUAUAUCUUUAUUACGUUAAAUAAAAAUCUGAGUAUUUUUUUACGGACUGACUACUAACUAAUUAAAUAAUAGAUUAACUUUCAACCAAACUCUUCUUGGAGCUCACCAAAUUCUGAGAUCUGCUGAGUGACCCCGGCCGCGUUUCACUAUGGUGCACUAUAUAUGGUAUAUAAAAUAGUAGAUACUUUUUUAUGUUAAAAUAAGUUUAAAUUUUAAUCUAUUAUAAAGCACCUUUACAUUGCCCCGCCGGUCGCUACCAACAAGUUCUCCCAGCACCUGACCUCCGCACUUUAAGCUGAGUGACAUAUACUACCCAUAGUACUUCAACGUACUGAAAUAUGAAACUUAGGAUAGAUCUCGUAUAUUUUUGUCACAACUCUUAGACUAUUAAUAUAGUAUUAUGAAUGUAGCAAAACUAUUAUGUAAUUUAUGACGUUACUCAAUAUAGUAUCAUUACCUGUUUGAUUUUGUGUACAUAUUUAUAAGCCUUUUAAUUUGAAAGUUAAUAACUUAAUAACUAAGAACCCAAGUAAGUACAAUCUAUUUUUGUAGUGAAGUUUCAUUGAAGUAAGUAAAAGACUCCGACCAUAGAUAAAGUAUAUAAAAGUGUCAAUAUAAUAUUGGUACCUAAUAUAUUUUGUAAAGGUACGAGUAAUAUUUAUUACUGAUACUUUAUUCGCUUCUGUUCAAUGGUCCGCAGAAUCUGAUUUAUAUUAUUUUAAAUAUCCGAAAUAUAAUAUAAAUCUCUCUAUAAUCUGGAUAAGCUUUUAUGGUAGAUGUAGGUAUGUAUCUAUUUACAUACAUACUUUAAACUUAGAUAUAAACAGACCCAAAGAUGUUACAAUUUCACAAAAACUGAUAAAUUUAGGUGUUUAAGUUCAGUUAAGUAAUAUUUUUAUUUAUUGUAAAAUUAUAAAACAUAUAAAAAUAAACUGAUGCUACUGU